GGGUGGGCCUGGCGGGUCCCCGGGCGGGGCGGGGCGGGGGCGAGGGGUGCUGGGUGGUUUCCGCCACGCAGCCCGCAGCCAGCCGCGCCCAGGCGGGCGCCCCCCGGCGGCGCAGGGGGCGGCCACCACUCAGUCCUCAGCCCAGAGCAGCCCAGUCAGCCUCCCGCUCGGGAGGCGCCGCCCUCCGUCUGGGUCUCCGCCUCCAGGACCCGCGGCUGAGAGCUCUGGAGCGCAGCUUCCCCGGCCGGCGGCGCGAUGGGCUGCGGGAACUCCACCGCCACCAGCGCGGGCGCGGGCCGAGGCCCUGCAGGAGCAGCUAAAGAUGUAACGGAAGAAUCCAUAACAGAAGAUGACAAGAGGAGAAACUAUGGGGGAGUAUAUGUUGGCCUACCAUCUGAAGCUGUCAAUAUGGCAUCCAGUCAAACAAAGACAGUUCGGAAAAAUUAGAAGAAAAUAACCUCGUGACUCAAGAAUCAAGAGCUUGCUCAUCAAUUUGGAAGGAAUUUGGCUCCGUGGGACAUUGCAAUGUGCACAGACAUUUCCAAGGAAAUUCUAAAUAGUCACCCUUCCCUCUCUCGUUCCCCCAAAUCUGAAGUGUGUACGUAAAACCCUGGGUACAUAUUGUUAUGGUACUGGAAGGGAAUUGGUUAGGCAGUACACCUGUUGAUGGAACUUUCUGUGGCCACCUACGAAAGACAAGUUAACGAACUGUCACGGAGGCUGUUGUUGCCCAGCCAGGGCUGCUGCAUUUUGAUAACAUUUCCACCCUGGCCACUCAGCACAAUCCAUGGAGGUCAUGGCUUUUCACUGAUACUUUUUUGAUAGUUUUUAUAUAACAAAAUCCUUAUUCUAUUUAUAACUUAAGAUGAUAAGGCACUAUAAAUGAAUGACUUAAAAUAAUAUAUUUGUCUGUUAUCUUUCGCUAUUUCUACUUCAUGUUAAUUUUUCGCUGUAAAAUUGGUAAAUGGAUUCUUACAACUAUCUCAUUCAGUUUUUUACUAUUUGUUUUUCAAAUUUCAUUUAAAUGUCAGAAUUUCCUUUUUAGGAACAGUGUAUUUCAUUGCAAUAUUAAAAAUAAACUCAAAUUGGCAUGCCAUAGGCACAUGUGGAUUACAUUUUUAUUUUCUUUCAUGAAAGGCAUAUGCAACUACAAAUACUUCGUAGUCAUUGGGUUGCUCAUUCUGCAUCACAGCGUCUCAUCGUGUUAAUUCUGUAACUGUUUUCAAGGACUUGGAUGGUUAGUGGGCUAUCUGGAAAGUUCUUAAUUUGAUAAUGACUUGUGUAUGUACUUAGUAUUGCAAUGUAAGUUACUCGAUUUACCAAUUUAUUUCAACGAUUAAAACAUUUUUAUCCCUGUUCA